AAGCCAAGCAAAGUAGAAAUAAUAAUUUGAAAAACUAAUUCAGAAAGUUUUGAAAAUGAGUCAAGAUAUAUCAAGAAUGGAAAAGUAAAAGGAAAUUUAUAAAAAGGAUGAUGAGAAUUCAUAUAAGUAAGCAAAUUAGAAAAGAGAUGAUUCUCUUUAGAGCUUUAGGACUAUUCGCAGCUCUUUUACAGGAAUGAGUAAACUAGAUGAUGAGUCCUCUCAUAGAAAAAGCCAUAUUUCAAUAAAGAAAAACAUGUUAAAUCCUUAGAUAGUCUCAUAAAAAUUAGGCUCGUUUUCUGGCUUGCAAAAGAUCAUAGGAAGUGACUAGAAUAUUUAAGUAAGUAAUAAUCAAUAUAACUUUUAAAUCAUUGAGAAUUCCUACGUGUCAAAAAAAACUAAUGAAAGUGAAUAAGAAAAAGGGUAUCUAAAUAUUGAUUAGCAUUCAAAAAAUCUCUAAGUUUCCUCAAAUUUUGAUAUCACAAGCAAAUAUAAAAAGAAUAGUGAGUGCGCAUCAAGGAUAAGUAUGAGAUCUAAUAGAUCUCAACAAAAAAACUAGUUAAAAAAUCUAAAAACAUCAGUUAAGGAACCAAAUUCUUCUACUCCUAACAAAAAUAAUAGGUCUCAAUAGCAUAACGCUCCAGAUUAACUGAGAAUUAACAUGGUAUUCAAAGUUAAAUCAAAAUUUAGAUCAUUCUUUUAAAAGUUCACAUAUUCUGGGAGAGCAAAGCAAUCUAACUUUCAAAAAAUAAGGGCAUUUAUAAAAGAUAAAAGCGACAGUACAAAUGGAGUAUAACUUUUCACCCAUAGAAUGCUUGGUACUUGUGGUUUACUGGUUACUGCUCCAUUCUAAAUGUUCUUAAUUGGGCACGUGAUAUCUUGCUUAUAUUAUGUAAUAGCAAUUAUUGACAUCAAAUAUUUCAUCUCUGAAUCUGAUAGCUGGCUGAACAAUCCUGUGAUAGAAGAUAAAUAGUGGUGGAAAGUAUAUAUUUAUGCAAUUCACUGGACUUUCACUUUGAUGAAUACUGGUUCUAACGAAGCCAAUUCUGUUUUAGGAUAUUACUUUACUGUCAUAACUAUGCUAAUAACAUGUAUUGUUUAUGGCUAUAUGCUUAGUACAGUAAGUGAAAUCUUGAGUGAAAUGAACAAGUUUAGUCAAACUUAAAGAAGAGAUAUUAAUACAAUUAACACAUACAUGCAUAGAAAAAAUAUAUCUGUGAAUUUGUAGAGGAUGGUUAAUUUAGAUCUCGAAAAUUAUCACUUAAGAAGCAUUAAAUAGUAAUCAGAUGAGGAACUAAAUGUGCUUGAAAAGAUAUCUCAUGAUUUAAACGACUCUCUUAAAUUGGAAUAUAACAAGAAUAUUAUUUAAAAAAUUAAAUAUUUAGUUGAUAAUUUUAGUCCAGAAUCUAUCGAGCAAAUAAGUCUCAAAGCAUAGGAAAUGUACUACUCUCCUAAUCAAGUGAUUUUUGGAGAAGACGAAAUUACGAACUCUUCUCUUAUGUUUAUUGUUGAUGGAAAGGUUGGAAUAUUUUAAAAAUAUAAAAAAUCUGAUAUCAGGCAUCCUCGAAUAAAAUUUAUUGCUGUAGAUUGGUCUAAAUAGCAAAAGCCCGAUUAAGAUCAAAAAUUACUCUGCACGCUUGCCACAGGAACCUCGUUUGGAGAAUUAAAUUUUUUCAGCGGAAUGGCUAGGUAGGCUAGUGCAGUUUCUUAAGAUUUUACUACAAUACUCCAAAUUGAUAGACAAGAUUUUAUUGAUAUUGUUAAGAAAAAUGAAAAAGAUUUUGAAACUUUUUGUUAUUUUAAAGAUAGUAUAAUGCUUUAUAACGAUCUGAGGUCCGUAAAUAGAAAGUGUGCAGUAUGCAAUAGUUUUGUUCAUCUUGAGAAUCAUUGCCCACUUGUACAUUUAAAUAAGGAUAACCCUUACAUUUAUAUGAGAUUUUAGUACUCAGAUGUUUAAGAAAGAAACUAAGAUAUUUAUGAUCGAUAUAGAAGGAAAAGGACUCUUAAUGCUAAAGAAAUAAUGGAAGAUGUGCUAGAAGCUAUUGACAAAGUUUGGGAAAAUCUUGAUGAAUUUAUCAAGAAAGGGAAAAAAAAUGAAAAUUAAGAUGAUGAUGACGAAGAUGAUGGGAGCAAAUCUAAUGAUGAUGAUGAAUCUGACUAAGAAAAUGAAGAUAUGUAGUCAUAAAAUAAGGAAUCAUAAUUUUAUUAUUUUGAAAAUGAUGUAAGAAGAGAAGAAUAAUCAGCAAUAAGUACUGAAUUUUAACUAAAUCAAAAUGAAAAUCAUUAUACAAGCAAGCUUACAGCAGAUGAAUUGAGUAAAAACUAAAUUGAUGAUUAAGGAAAUUCUUAAAAUAAAUUUGUAAGUAGAUAAAACAACUCUCUUGUUCCUUAAAGAAGCUCUAUGAAAAGAUUAAGUGUUGGUUAAUAAAUGAUAGAAAGAACAAAAACUAAUCUUUAAAUUUAACAUCCAGAAUUAUUUAACAAAUAGAAUAAAAUAAAUGAAAAUUUAAUGUGGUAUUUUGAUAAGUUAAAGGUUUAUACUCACUACUUCCCAGAAAGUAAUUUCUAAAAUAGGCUAACUAGAUUUCACAUCUAAAGAAAUAGGUAUCUUAAAAAGAAGUAUGGUAAGAACAUUACUUAAGAGAGGCAGAAAACAACUGGUUAAAUUUUCAAUAAAUCAGAGAAAAAUAUAGUAAAAUAAAUAAAAGAAAACAGUUGAGGAAUUUAAUAAAGGAAUAAUAUUUUUUAUUUUUUGUUAUCAGGUUAUCUGUAUUUUCAAUUUUUAUUUUUGAAUUGAUAC